AUGUUUACUCGUUUGCACUUUCUCCGAAAGACACAUUUAUACUCAACGAAUAAUUUGACGAGUCUCUCUUUCCUCUCUCUCACUUACCCCAUCCUAUUCUCCUUCACAUGCUUCCUCCUCUUACCUAAUCUACAUUUACGUCUACUUUCAUUUUUCUUCCCUCUCCCCCACACUUCUUUUCCUUUUAUUCUUCCUUCUCUUUUUUUUCUGACUCUUCACUUACUCUCCUCUUCGUCUUCUCACUCAUCUUUACACCCCCUCUAUUCUCUCUCAACCUUUUUUCUAUUUCCUCUAAUUCUCUCCCCUUCACAUCCUUCAUUUUCCUCUCUUUUCUUUUUUCUUUCUUUUUCCUUUUCUGUCUUGUUCUUUGCUUUUCUUUUUUUCUUGAUGUGUUUUCUUUUUUCUUCUGCUUGUUUCUUUUUUCCUUUACUUUUUUUCUUUCUUAUUCUGUUUCUCUUUCUUUCAUUUUACUUCUUCCUUUUCCUUUUCUUUUCUCACUUUUUCGGCUGUAUUUUUUUUUGUUUUCUUUAUUGUCAUUUUUUCCUUUUCUUCUUCUUAAUCCAUUUUCCUUUCAUUCACGUUUCUUUUCUUUUUCUCUUUUUUCUUUUCCUUUUAUUUAUUCUUUCUUAUUUUUUCUUUACUUUUUUCUUCAUUGUUCUUUUUCUUCUUCUAAAUAAUUCUUCUUUUCGUUCUUGUUCCUUUUCUUUUUCUCUUUUCUUUCUUACCCUUUUCCUUUUCUCAUGUUUUAUACUCCUUUACCUCUACCAUUCUCAUAGCACUCUCCCCCUCUUUCUUUUUUUCUCCUCUUUUUUUUCUUUUCAUCUUUCUCUCUCCUUACACUUCCUCCUUUUUUCAAUUUCAAUCUUUCUCAUUCCCCGACUUCAUCUUCUUUGUAAGACUCUCAUUCUCCCUCUGCUCUCUCUCUCUCUCAAACUCUUCUCUCUUUCUUCUCAUUUUCUAAUUCCACCUCUUAUUUUUAACAAUUUCUCUCUCUCUCUCUCUCUCUCUCUCUCUCUCUCUCUCUCUCUGUCUGUGUGUGUGUGUGUGUGUGUGUGUAUGUGUGUGUGUUUAUUUUUUCGUUCUUUCUUUCUCUCUCUGACUCUGCUCUUUAAUUUCUCCUCUCUCUCUCUCACUCUUAUUCUCUCUCUCUCUCUUCCACACUUUGCUACUCUCUCUCUCUCUCUCUCUCUCUCUCUCUCUCUCUCUACUUCUUUUGUUCUUUUUCACUCCUUAUCAUACCUUCCUCAUCUCUCGUCCUUCGACUCCCCAUAUUCUCCUCUCCCUCUCUUUUGUUUUUCCCCUCUUCUCUCUCCAAAUUUACCUCUUCCUCCUCUUCUUAUCCCCUUCAAAAUUAGCACCUUCGUCUGCCCUUCUCCCCCCCCCUCUCUCUCUCUCUCUCUGUCUCUCUCUCUCUAUCUCUCUCUGCUGAAGCACAGCAGACCGAUCCGCGAACGACAAAUUCUCGGGUGCAGAUGGCAGGGAAACAUGCCCGGUGCGGAAUCGGGCAGGCUGCAGAUGACGCUGACGUCGACUCCCCUCGAACGCUCCUCGUCUCUCCUACUCGAAGUGCGCUACUCCGGUGACGCAGAGAGACCGCCAGCUGACCCUAUCCCCUGCAAGGUUCUUCAAUUGUGUUAA